AAGCUGGAACAGGUACAGAGGACAAUACAUUUGCUGCAUUCCGUCGGAAUUUCCGAUGCCAAUCCCGAUUCCGAACGCUUUCUCGCCGAUUUCACCUUCCUUUUAAUGCAACACUGCGGUGAGCUUGACAUUACCUCCAAAUAUAUCGAGUUUAUUCAUUGAUGGUGCAUUACCGUUUGAAGCCAAAGCUUGCAUGCAAUCAGCAUUAAACCUCUGAUACUGCUGAAUGGAGGUAGCGCCUCGCUCAACCAAUUAAGUGGAACUCUCAAAAUAAUCCUGGAUUUCACUAAAUUCUAUCCUCAAAUCAGAUGACUCUUCUACUCAUCACGCUUGCUCCAAAUACAUGGUUUCCUCUUUUUUCCAUGUCAGGGGUUAAGAAUCCUGUUCCUGAGUAUUCUUCAUCUUCUCUGAUAUAUUUAUUGGAGCACCGGGUGAAAGGAUCUAACCAUCCAUUGGAUCCAUGCUGCAGGUUGCAGCAUGGUUGGAAAUGCUGCACAACUUUAUCCUGAACCAGAUCUGGAUCCUCUCGAUGAUGCUAUGGUUGGGAUGGAUUCAAUGAUGCGUUCAAAUUCAACUUUGGAGGAUUUUUGCAGGUCAUAUUUUAUGUUUCACAACAUGGAAGCAAGUCAGCCACGAUCAAUUUUCAGCUACCUACCUAUACUUUCUUUCACAGAAAGUUAUAUUUAUCAGUUGGAUGGUUUUAAUGAGAAACUACUGCAGUUGCCUAGUAGCGUUCCAGUUUUCAGUAAAGAUUUCGAGGAUGUUGAUUCAAAGCUUGGUGCAAAAUCUGUAAGAAUGUUCCGGAAGGAUCCCUUUAGACCACUCCUCAUUGUACUAGAACGUCAAGGGCUUUUGACAGAAAGGAUUGAAGAAGAGUUAAGAUGUGGAGAAGAAUAUUGGGCUUUGGAAAGAGAGCUAUGCUCUGCACUGGUGAGCAACAAGGAGAUAUCCAUCAAAGAUGCGACAAGGGCUAUCCAUCUGAAGUCCUUUGAUUAUCGCAUUAUGAACCUUCUACUCUAUCAACUAAGAGGGGAGAAGGUAAAUGAAUUGCACAUGGAAUUUCUGUCUGUCUCAGAAUUGCUCGUGGAAGUAUCGGACGACCUGUUCGAUUACGAGGAUGAUGUGGUUGAGAAUAACUUCAACAUUCUGCGCAUGUUUGUCAAGUAUUACGGACCUUCCGCAGCACCAAUCAUGUUGGCAAAAUUUAUAACUGAAGCAGAGGAAAAAUAUGAUGGUUUGUUGAAAGCAUUGGAUCCUGAACUGUCUAUGAAGUACCAGAAAAGAUGUGAAGAAGCUACAAGCGAAGGUGGGAAGACAUAUGGUCCUUCCCUCGGAACAUGGCAUAUACCACCAGUGAUAGAAGACGAAGCUCGAUAUCGAGCAGCAUUUUCACAAGCCUAGUAAGUUGUACUUUCAUGGCAGACUUGUAAUGGUGUUGGUUUCAGGUUAGAACAAACUCCAGUGGUUUUUGACAUUAAUACGCAAAAGGGUAGUCUUGGUCUCUCAGGCAUGUCCUGUUCUUGCUACCCUCCUCCAGGCCAUUUAUGGUAUAUCAGUUAUUACUUAAAUAUGUUGGUAAUAGAAUAUUUUGGCAGAAAAGUUGCAGAAUCUAGUUAAAACAUGCAACGGAAUUCUGAAUAUAUUGAACUGUUUGAGGAUAGAAUGAUCAAGACCCAUGAUUUUUUAGUUUAAUGAUUAAGAGUUUCCAUAAGUUCUGUCAGA